AUGGGUGAUUCUAACGCUUGGGACCUCGUCGACAGGACCGAGCGAAAAAAGAGUCGCUCCCCUAGUCAUAUCAGUCGCGUCGACUCCGAGGUUCUUCAUUUUUUUUUCAUUUCCAAUGAUUGAUAUGAAAUAAAAAGCAUACUGAUCGAAAAAAAGGUAAUUUCAUUUUUUUAAUAAAAAUCGCUGGUUAUUUUUUUGAAUUCAAUUUUCAUAAAACUUAGAGCGAUCAAAAAAACUUCAAAACUUUUCGAAAAAAAUAUUUCACGCUUCUGUCGUAUUCAAUAAUAUAUAUUCAAAAAAAUUUUUAUAUUCCGUGUUCAAAAUGACUCCGCGAAUAUCAAAAAAAUUCUCGAUCGAAUUCCGUCAGAGAAUGAAAAAGAUAAGUAAAUUUUUGAGAGUCAGAGAUCCUUUUGCAUUUCCGGAUUUUACUUUGAACGCGGCAAUAGACUAUUAAAAAGUACGAGUUGAUGAAAAUACAUGUACAGGUAAAGCGAAAAAAAAAUUUUUUUUCAAAAUUUAUCGUCUCUGGAGCAAAAGUGCAAUUAUUGAAACAUGCGCGAACUCAGGCUUGUGCGAGGGCCGGGCCGUUACCCUCCGACCAUUUUGUAAGCCCGGCCCUGCCUUAGCGGGACCUCAAGAAAAAAUGGCCCGCCUGGCCCGAAGCGCGCAGUUAUUUUCUAGUCGGAUAUCAAGUUUUUUUACGACAAAAAUUACGUUUUUGCUCAUUUUUUCACUUAAAGCUUAACAAAACUAUGAUUUCAGAAGUAAAAGUCACAUUUCGGUGAAAAUUUUUUAAAUGAAAUUUUAAAUUUUUUUAAAGCUCGGCCCGGCCCGAGCCCACGCGGGUUUUUUCCUAAAAAUGAGGCCCGGGCCGCCCGGCAUGACGCACAAGCCUGCGCGCACUUCAUCUUAAUUUCUUGCGCAAGAUCUUGCGGAAUCGUUCCGCAAGACAGUUUUUUUUUACGUUCGGUUUUGAUCAUUUCACAUUAAUCAUGAAAUUUUUUUUUGUGAAUGAGGAGCUCGAUAAAAUGGUGUUUACAUCUUGUUUGACUGUGUACUUAUAGUCUGUACAGAUUUUGAAUGUCAAGUAGAAUGACGUCAUUCAAAAACGCUCUGUGGAUGGCUCGCUCUCUGAUUGGUUUAUCGCGCCAUUAGGGGGCGGAGCUUCAGCGAGGACUUGACAUUUGAAAUCUGAACAGACUACUCAGGCACUGACGGCGCGUGUUUGUUGCCAAAAGUGCGCGAGCGCGCCGCCUGCUGUGCGCACGCGCGGGGUGUCUCUUUUAUUUUUUAGCUUUUUAACUGGUUAAAAAGUUAUGAAUUUCAUAUUUUUCAUGUUUGUUCAUUUCUUACAAUUGCUCUGCUCCAGUUUAUAACAAUUAGAACGCACAAAAAUUUGAAAUGCCAAAAUUUCAUUUGGCAAUGUUUUUUCAUAAAUUUGUUCGAAAGUGCUCGGAACAACUUUUGAACGUGAGCAGGGGCACUGGGUAGUACUACGAAAAAUAUAAAAAAAUUAUAUUUCGAAACUGUAUUUCAAUGGAAAAAGACGAAAAAAAGAAUCAGUACCCCCUGCGCGUGCGCGCACCAGUGCCUGAGUAUAACUCGUUUUGAAUGAAGAUCAAUUCGUUUUCAUUAGCAAAUAUAUUUUUUUAUAAUUUAUGCCGUGUUCAAAGUAAUUUCCGCGAAAUGCAAAAUGGUCUCUGACCCUCCAAAAUUUAGUUAUCUUUCUCUUUCUCUGACAGCUAUUUUGAAUUUCGCGGAAUCACUUUGAACACGGCAUUAAAGCUCAUUUUCCAUAAAAAAUUGUUUUCAAAUUUAACAAAACAGCUUGAGCGGACAAUGGCCACGACAGUGUAGAUUGUUCAUUUUUGUUUUUAAUUCAACAUGUUUUUAUUUUAUUUUAUUUUUUUUGAUAAUAAAUUUAAUCAAAACAUUGAGUUAAAAGUAGAACGAAAAUCAAUUUGAGAAUGUCCAUACUGAACUAUAUUUCCAAGAUUACUUUCAAAAAUACCUUCGUGCAAAAUUAUAUCCAUCUAUUUUUUGUUUCAAGGUGAAUCUCGACAAUGCUGAGCUCGAAGCCUUGGGUCUUGGCAAAGUUCAGCUGCAAGAAGCAGCACGAGAGCAGAGAGAACACAAAAAGCGCAGCAAGUCUGGCACAUUGGUUUUUUAGAAAUUAGAUAACACAUUUAAAGAUCGCCGGCGUUGGAAAAUAUCCGGAAGGCAUCACUGCACGUUCUCCAAAAGUUCGGUGCCGUUCCCAAAAAAAAGGACGACAGUGUGGCUACGUGGAAAGUCACAGAGCUGCCUCAGCUCCCCUUGGACUCUUUCUGUUUGAGGUUCAUUGAAGCAAUCACAUCUUUGUCAGUAUCGUUCCCUGUGGUUUGAGACCGAAAGAGUUUUUCGAAGAACCGAAGGCGUUUUCGUUUCGAGACCUUGGACUUCAACAACAGAAACUUGACUCAAAAUUGGAAAAAUGGUAAAAUUUUGUUAGAAGCUGUUUUGAAAUCAGUUUGCAGUUCUUAUCUUUUUCGUGGAACCUCCUUGGAAGCGAAAAUGAUGGAAUCAGUCACCGAGGUGAGACUCAAUUUUUUUCCAUAUAUGAGAAUCCCAUUCAAAAACCAGACGGAGCGAAUCGCAGAGUACGAUCAUUUUUGUCCAGUGCACGGCUCCAGACGACGUCUCCAUCACCGCAAUCAACUUCUAGCCAUGAACACUCUGAUGAACAGCGUCGACGACGACAAUCUCGAGCAUCUUUACAAGUGAAUUCCUUCUAUUCUUGCAACCUGAUUUCUGUCUAGUCAUGAGUUCGUUGCGAAACUCAUAAGGAAGAAAAAGCGGGAGAUGCUGAGCGGCGAAGAGAAGCUGCGCGUCAAUAAAGUCAUGCGCAAAAUUAGGGUUGGUUUGUUUAAAACCGUUCUUUUCAUGAAAAGAAAAGAAAAUUUUCAGUCGAAUUUGUGGAUCAUCUCUGUUGCUUUCUUGUUCCUUUUCACUGGUUUCAAUGGUCUGCAAAACCUUCAGACGUCGGUCAAUCACCACCUUGGCUCCGACAGUUUGGCGUUCGUUUCUUUUUGACGCAUUUAUGUCAUUGAAAAAAAUAAAAUAAGUGUCUAUUCCAAGAUGAAAAUUUUAAUAUUCUACGAGAAAAAUAAAUUUGAAAGCAAAUUUAUAUCGAAAGUUUGCCAAAAGAGCGGAUUCAUCCAAUCAUAAGCCUAAGAUAGUUGCGCAAAUUAUCCUUGUCAUACUUUUUGAACUAAUUCAAGGAGGAAAGUGCUGAUGAGAAUCACUUCUUACGCCGUCCUUUUUUGAGACUCGAAACGACUGCGCGUUAUAUUAUAAUUCCACUCGACUCCACUCAUGCCUUCAUUUGUUUUGUUUAAAGUGGUUAUAAUGAUUGCUUAAAUAAACUUUUAUAAUAUAACCGAGACUUGUUAAACAUAAAUAAUGCGGGAAUAUGCACUGUUUCGGCUGGAGUCGUGAAAAACUGUUAGGUUGCGCAAGUCGAAUUAGCUUGGAAAACAGAAAAUUCAAAAGACGUGAGAAUCCAAUUUAUAAUUCAAAUAAAAACUGUCUAUUUUGAUUCACUUCUUACUAAAGUCUUUUUCACCUUAAAUUUUUCUCAGUUGUGAGGUCCUAAUAACCCAUUUCAGAUAAAAGGCGAAUUAAUCAUUUUUCCUCUGUAACUUAAUGUUUAGGGUCCUGUAUAUCUCUCUGGCGAUCUCUUCACUGUUUGUACCAACUUUCAUGAUCGGUCGACUCGGCUGUAAACUUACGUUUGUCGUCGCAAUCUUCAUCUACAUCCUGUACUUGUUGAUCAACCUCCGACCAACGUCGGUUUCAUCCAUUUGAAAGAACUGCAACUUUUUUUUUUCAGGUACUACUCGUUGAUUCCUGGCUCGGUUCUUUGCGGAGUCGCCGCGUCGUGCGUUUGGGGCGCCAAGUGUGCCUACAUCACUGAGAUGGGCAUCCGCUACGCCACGCUCAACUUUGAGAGCCAAAACACGGUCAUAGUCAGGUAUACUCGACUUCGACCCUAAAGCCGUAUCUCUAUGCUGGGAGGCGACUAAGCGCCCAAAACCGCGCGAACGCGCGCUUUAAAGCGCUUUGGUGCCGGUUUGGUAGGCGCUUAGUGGCGCGACAGUCCUAUAGGGCACACUUCCUUCUCUUUUCCCAUUUGCUUUUUUGCUUGUAUUUUGAGCUGGAAAGCCUAAAGGUCGUCGGUAUUUUUGUCUAACCAAUGCUUUUCUUUUCUGAUUCCAUACGAUCAGAGUGCAAAAAUAGCAAUAGUUAGACAAAAAUAAAGACAACCUUUGCGCUUUCAGCUCGCAGGAAUAUCAUCAUACAUCAAGUAAUUAUAUUAAUUUAUUUUCUUUAAAAUGCAUGUAGGACUUAAAUAAACUAUCGAGAUAAGGUACACAUAAUAAUGAAGUCAAACAUAAGAAAACAAAAAAUAUACUUUAACCAAACUAGAAAUGGAAGAAAAGUGAACUGACAUAUAAAUAAAUAUAAUUUCGAAUUUCAAACGGAUAAAAAAAUACAAAAACUAAUUUAAUAAAUGAGAAAAAAAUCUGUUAUAACAACGAAAGUAAAACGAAGUUUUAUCUCAAUAAUUUCAAAAAAACUUAGCUGAAAUGCUUGUUAGAGUACGCUCAUCGCAACAAAAUUAAAAAUUAAUCGACUUGCGUCUUUGAACCGAGUACGGCGCUUUGAAUAUAUAAUAAGUUUUGUUUGAGUGAUAGAACUCAUGUCAAAGGUAGGCCAUAACUAGGCUAAAAACAAAGUUCGAUUUUUUUUUGUUACGAUCAGAUUGCUUUGGAAGCAUUUUAGCAAAUUAAAAAAAUUUCGUUCUCAAAUUACUUUUAAAAUGAAGGAGGUUAGAAGAGUCAAAUCAGUCACUGCGAGAUUAUUUAAAAGAGUCGCUGCGAGAUUCUUUUGGUAAAUGAAGACAUGAGGCGUUGUAUGAAGACUUGAAGCUUUCCCUUUCGAUGCGCGUCUUUCAUAAUCUGCAACAGAAAAUUUGAAGUUCGAAGGUUGGAUCAAAAGCGAACCUCAAGAAAUAACCUUCGAAAAACUAUUUUCUCUUCUAGUUUUUUCGGCACGUUUGGAAACCUUUUGGCAUUUAUCUGGAAAAAGACAUCACGAUAAAGUAGGAAAAUAAAUACAAAUCUUACCACAUCAAUUGAUUCUGAUCAUGCUGACUUGUUUAGCGGUUUAUCGAGCCCGAAAAACUGAAAAAAUGUUCUACUUUAGGACACUUAAAAAAAUUAAACAUGCUAACCUUUCAUUCUGCUCAUGAGCAAGAUUUGGCAGUGCCGACCACCUUACCCAAAUAACAUCAACCGCGAUCUCCAUUUUGAAUAUUGUAGAUAUCUUCUUGGAGCGAUCUCAAAAAACUCUUAUCUCUCAUAUGAGUGGGGUGAACCCGCUGUGCUAAAUCGGGUGAAACUCGGAUAAACCUGUAGUGAAUUCAGGACGGCGCGUUAAACCGCUUCUUCAGAACCCUUCACCCGCUGGACUUUUUUGCACCGCCGUUCACCCGAUGAAGCCGCGCCGUUCAACGGGUGCUUCUAUUUUUUAUUUGUUUUGAUUUUCGGGUGAACGGCGCGGCAAAAGCGGUUUAACGCACCAAGCUGAAUCAGGUGAAUUACAGGUUUAUCCGAGUUUCCCCCGAUUUAGCACAGCGGGAUCACCCCACCAAUAAUGAAAAUGGUAAUUUUAGAACAGAAGGAGACACUUACUGACAAGGAGUCAUAAAUUUGAGGUUGGCAAGAUGUAUACUGCACAUUCACGAUAGUUUAAAUAUUAUUAUAAAAAAAUAAUAAGAAUUCAAAAAAACAAAAAGCAAAAUCGAAAUGAAAAACAAAAAAAUGAAAAAUAAAUAAAAAGUCCCAAAAAAAUUUUUCGAAAAUGAAGAAUUUACGGUGGGAGGGCAAGUUCGCUAUUUCGCGCAAUUCUCACAAACCGCUUUCAAGGCGCCUGAAAUUUUAGAGGGCGCUUAGUGGCGACACAGCCGAUAGUGGGCGCUUAGUCGCCUCCCAGCAUAGAGAUGCUAUAAAGUGGAAAAUGUUUUUCUGCCAUUUUCCUGAAGACAGAGAAGGCGUGAAGUUUACUAGGAAUUCAUUGAUUUCGGACUUAACGGAUGUAAUAAGGUUUUAUGAGAAGAUUCGGAUAGAGAAGAAAAAAUUUCAGCGUAAAAAGAAUUGAAGUUAUUUUCGAGUUGCAGAAAACGGCGUAAAAUUAUUUUGCACUUCAUUGCAUACGCCUCUGGAAUAAAUAUUCUUUUUGAGAUUUUUCGGAUAUUUCUUCAUGAUUGUGCACUGCGGCCAGUUCGUCGGCAACAUGAUUUCCUCUUUCAUUUUGAAAAUCACCAUUGAAACGUCACAAGUCGAAGACCGUAUAUAUCCGACGUAGGUCCACUCAUUCGUUAGAAAAGGCUCCAUUAUUCAAGGUGCGGCUAUUUGUUUCCAAUGAACGCUUCCGAACUGACAGAACUCGCUGCGGCUAAUUUGGCAAGACCUCCGCAGACGGCAUACAUCGCAGGUUCGAUAUUUUUUUAUUCAGCAAGUCUAUUUUCAAUUUUCUCAGUCUGUUUGGCGUACUUGGCCUGUGCAAUUGUCAGCGUCAUGAUCGUCUGCUUGUUCCUGAACGCUCUUCACAGCGACGUCGUUAAAAGGUGUUUUCGAAACGGAAUAAGUUUUAAUUUCUCUUCAAGAAGCAAAAAACCUUCUUUCAACGCUGAAAUCAUCCGUCUAUUCUGGCAGAAUCUGGUCAACGUCCGUGCCAUGCUCCUAGUUCCUCUCACCAUUUUUAAUGGAAUCGAACAGGCAUUUAUUGCUGGAGUUUUUACCAAAGUCUGUUCAAAAGAAGAUCUUCAUUGAGCUCUCCGGACUUCAGGCUUUUGUUGGCUGCGGCUUGGGCAUUGCUCAGAUUGGGUUCAUUUUGGCGAGUUUCGGUAUAUCCGAUGCGAUUUGCUCGUUUGUUUUCGGACCGUUGGUAAGGCUUUUGUCUUUUUAGCUCGAAGACGACAUUUUUCAGAUAAAACUUUUCGGUCGAAUGCCUUUGUUCGUCUUUGGGGCAGUUGUCAACCUCCUCAUGAUAGUGACCUUAAUGGUAAAUUUUCGUCUUAAAAAUGAUAUUAAGCCUGAAAGUUGUCAGAUUUGGCCCCUCAACGCAGCUGAUACGCAAAUCUUCUACGUUGUUGCUGCCAUGUGGGGGAUGGCCGACGGUGUUUGGAAUACCCAAAUCAACGGUUUUCUGGCUGUGAAAACAAUAACGAGAUUUUUGUUAGGAUUUUGGGUAGCUCUAGUUGGACGUCAGUCUCUUCAAUUUGCUUUCACCAAGUAUCGAUUCUGGGAGUCUUUCGGUAUUGCGAUUGGCUUCCUUUUGUUAAGGUAAGAUAUUUAUCUGUUUUUAUGAAACAGCAUCUCUCUUAUUUUUUAUUUCAACUAGAGUUUCGAAAUGUUUUCAAUAAUUUUCACCGCAUUAAAAAUGUCACUCAAUUCAGCAUUGAAGACUUUCAAAAGAAGCGUUUUUGACAAAAUUAACAAGAAAAAAUGUUAAUUCGCUCACCAAAUUCUUUCCAGGUUUCUGAACGUCGAACUUUUUUUGCUCAUGUUGUUUUUUACACUGCUAAUCGGAAUGUGUGGCUACGUCGCAAUCGAAAUGUUCGACGUGAUUGUGGCGAGUUCUAACAUUUUCCCUUCCCCUUUGAAGCUGGAUUUCAGCUCUACACAAAGAGCGUGUUGCCGACUCACAGCCGAGGGUCGAGAGAGCCGGAAAAGUCAAUGGAACAAUCGCUCAUCACCAACACCACAACUAUUUGA